AUGACUAGCGACUGCAAGUCUGGUAAGGCCGGAGAGGUGGUGGCAUGUAACGUAGCCGGGCCGGAUAUUCUAACCGAGAUCUCUAACGAUGCGACGAUACGGUGGAGAGUGAUGGCCAGUGAUGGCCAAGAUGGUCAUGAUCUCUUCCCAAUCCGUCUCCGAGACCCCGAGGGGACUGUCAUGUCAGCCAGUCGCACUUUCCGGGCGCAGAUUCCGACAGCCGGACGGGAAAGGAUCCCUUUGGAGUAUGGCUACUUGGCUAGAUACGAUACUCAUGCUAAUGUGCUAAUGUGGUCCGGUUUGGAGACAAACACCGGGGUCCGGUGCCCCCCCCCCUCUCCCCUCCCCUCCCUCCCCAUGUGGACGGUCCUUCCCGUGACAGUCUGCCGCUGCACCCCAUCCUGUAACCAUCUCUGGUCUAGUUUCCCUGUUGCAUCCCACGGCAAGAGGCUUGGCUGGCUAGCUGCCUGGCCAGACCGACCCUGCGUCGCUUCUAAUUAUCCCGUAUUUUUUUUUCCCCCAAAUGCUAAUGCUGAAGGGGCGGUGUCAUGA